GUCCAACGCCAACGCAAGAGAAAGGAAACGCAUGCAGAGCAUGAAUGCUGCAUUUGAUCGGCUGCGGGGUGUUAUACCGUCAUUUGGAGGACAUCGGAAAUUAUCCAAGUACGAGACCUUACAAAUGGCCCAGAGUUACAUUACUGCCCUGGAAGAUGUGCUAAAACAGUGA